UCUACUAAAAAAGUAAAAAAGAGUGACGAGAAGAAGGAUUCGAAUGUAGUAAAGAAGCUUAUUGAUGAGUUAUCCAUUGAAACAUCCCAGAUAUCGGAAGUUAAUGAAGAGAGUACCGGUAAUUUCCACGAUUUAUAUCUUGCAAUCAAUAGGGCCGAAGAACAAAGCGAGCAUGUAAAUCAACUCGUGAUUAAGUCAUACUAUGAUUUUGGUAAAGCGUUUGAGGAGAGAUAUGAAUAUUAUAGAAAAAAUAAUCCGAAACGUACAGCGCAGGCAUUGGUAAAUAAAGAGGUUGGGAAACAACUUCCCGAAUCGGUUAGUGAAACUUCGUUGCGGAAAAGAAAAGAGAGAGCUCAGAAGAUAUACGAAUUAUUUAGUGAAAUUGGGGUAGGUAGGAUCCAGCGAGUUAAAUCUUUCACAGCUUUGAUGAUUUCGAAACUGAGUCAGGAUGAUAUAGACGUUAUAUUGGUUCAUUUCGCUCAGCACCAAGAUACAAGCGAGACAUAA